AGUUAGUCGUGUUAGCUGGUUUUAGCUAGCUGUCACCGGGGUUUGUUUUGUUUUGUAAAAGUGGCCGUUUCUUGGAUAACUCAUGAGUGUGUCUCUGGUUGUUAUCCGUCUGGAAUUAGCCGACCAGUCUCCUUCUCCACAAGGUUUCCAGUACUCAGCUGUUGAGGGCAUGUCAGACGAGGAGCUGCAGGAGAAAGCUCUGGGUUUAGCCAAACACACUCUGGGUGGAAAGACUGAACUGGAAAGAGCGACUGUUCUGCACCAGCACAUCGGCAGCAGAGCAAUGGGAGACAUGGUUAUAGAAACCUUUGAGCCCAGUCCAGAUAAAGGUGGCGGUGAAGACUCUGGUGGCUCAGCUGAUCAGGCUCAGGCUGCACAGACUGAAGCAGACAGUUUGGAGGUCACCGAGGCCGGUGCACAGGACGGCGGUGAGAAGACGGGAGCUGCUCCAGACUCGCCAUCCAAACAGCUCCCAGACCAGAUCUCCUUCUUCAGCGGGAACCCCUCAGUGGAGAUCAUCCACGGUAUCAUGCACCUCUACAAAACCAAUAAAAUGACGUCACUGACUGAGGAUGUGCGACGCAGCGCGAUGGUGUGCAUCCUCACCGUGCCAGCGACCAUGACCAGCCAUGACCUCAUGAAGCUUUUGGCGCCCUUUAAUGAUGUCAUGGAGCACAUGAAGAUCAUACGGGACUCCACACCAAACCAGUACAUGGUUCUGAUUAAGUUCUGUAAGCAGGUAGACGCAGACAGUUUCUACACGGCGUGUAAUGGCCGCCAGUUCAACUCUAUAGAGGAAGCGGUGUGUCAACUGGUCUAUGUGGAGCGUGCAGAGGUCAUAAAGUCUGAAGAGGGAGCCAGUCUGCCUGUGAUGGAGCUGACCGAGCUGCCAAAGUGCACCGUGUGCCUGGAGAGGAUGGACGAGUCGGUAAACGGCAUCCUCACCACUCUGUGCAACCACAGCUUCCACAGCCAGUGUCUGCAGCGCUGGGAAGAUGCCUCGUGCCCUGUGUGUCGUUACUGUCAAACACCAGAACCGGUGGAAGAGAACAAGUGCUUUGAGUGCGGAGUCCAGGAGAACCUGUGGAUUUGUUUGAUCUGCGGCCACAUCGGUUGUGGUCGCUACGUCAGUCGGCAUGCCUACAAGCACUUUGAGGAAACGCAGCACACCUACGCCAUGCAGCUCACCAACCACCGUGUGUGGGACUACGCAGGAGAUAACUACGUUCACCGGCUCGUCGCCAGUAAGACCGACGGGAAGAUGGUGCAGUACGAGUGUGAGGGAGACACCUGCCACGCUGAGAAAAUCGAUGCACUUCAGCUGGAGUACUCGUACCUGCUGACGAGUCAGCUGGACUCUCAGAGGAUCUACUGGGAGAAUAAGAUCGUUCACCUGGAGAAGGAGACGGCAGAGGAGAUAAACAACAUGAAGUCUAAGUUUAAGGAGACUUUGGAGCGCUGCGACAACCUGGAGAGACGCUUUGGAGAGAUGGGCAAAGAGAAGCAGGGCUUAGAGAAAAAGUGCACUCAGCUGAGCGGCCGGGUGUUGAAGCUGAGUCAGGAGCUGAAGGAGGAGCAGGAGAUGAACCGCUGUCUGAGAGCCAAUCAGACUCAGCUUCAGUCUCAGCUCGCAGAUGAGGAGCGCAAAGGAAAAGAGAGCGGCGAUCGUAAAGACUCGGCGAUAGCGGAGCUUCAGGAGCAGCUGAGAGACGUCAUGUUUUAUCUGGAAACGCAGCAGCAGAUUGAACAUCUCCCUCCGGAGGCGCGCAAUGAAAUCCAGGAGGGACAGAUCAACAUCGGAGCGAGCCCGGCUGACGGCUCAGCCGGAGCGGGCCCCUCCUCCGUCAGAGGCAGGAGAGGCCGAGGCAGAAAGAGGAAGUAGGCGGUGGUUCAUAAAUACUGGAACAUGCUAGAAGCUUACCGCUGCCUCUCAGUUUGAACGUUUACAGCUGUUAACAUGUGUCUGCAUCCUCCGGAAGCACUCAAGAAGAGAAGUGAAGACCCCGAGAGUAGGCGCUCCUUUAAGAAGAAAGAUCGAUAUUUACCUGCACAGUUUCCCACCUUUCCUUAAUGUAGCUCAGUAAGAGGAGAAGUAGAAAACAUGGGUGCACUUCUCAGCCAAUCUUUUUGUGGUUUCUAAAUAUUUUCAUCUGUAAAUUUUCUGCUAUUUCUUAAUCUUAAAAAAAAAAAAAAAAAAAGCUUAUUUUUUGGUUGUAUGUGUUUUUAUUUGAUCAAAUAAUGUUCACUUCCCCUCUUCAAGUAGUUUGAUCACAUUCUUUAUAUUUCUUCUUUGUCAUGUUAGAGCUGUGCAAAGAGAAGCUUGUACACAAAUGUUUUUAUUUAAAGCAAAAUUAUCAACCAA